AUGCCGGGCUCACGGCGAGGCUGGGGGGAGGAUGACCAGGAAAAGUGCUACUGGAACCUGGCGGAGAAGCAGAGCCGCGGCAAGACUGGACUCGGCUUCAGCAGCAGCAGCAGCAGCAGCAGCAGCAGCAGCAGCAAGGACUCUUUAUCUAGCAUGUUUGUCAAGAGUGUCCAGAAAGUCUUUGUAUCUGGUGGCAAACACAGCAGCAGCAGCAGCAGCAGCAGCAGGCGACGCCGCCGGCACCGCAGCAGCAGCAGCAGCAGCAGCAGCAGCAGUCGCAGCAGCAGGAGCCGCAGCAGGAGCCGCAGCAGCAGCAGGCGGCGCCGGAUCAAAAGCAGCAGACACAGCGGGAGCAGCAGCAGCAGCAACAACAACAGCAGUAACAGCAGCAGCAGCAGCAGCAGCAGCAGCAGCAGCAGCAACGCCCGCGCAUACCUCCGCAGCAGGGUCAGGAGCCGCAGCAGCAGCAGAGAUCGCCGCCGCCACAGCGGCAGCAGCAAAUGGGCACAAGACAGAAGCAGAAGCCCGGGGAGGCUGAGCAGCAGCAGCAGCAGCAGCAGCAGCAGCAGCAGUAGCAGCAGCAGCAGUAGCAGCAGCAGCAGCAGCAGCAGGAAUGGCAACAGCCAAGCGGAUGCAUUAGCUGCUCUGAAGGAAAAAAUCUCGCGCCGUCUCCAAGAGAAGGAGAAAGAAAAGGGACUCGCUGGAAGCUCGCGGCGACCGCUGACCGCCGAGGAAGGGCGUUUGCAAAAGCUAAAGACAGUGCUUGACGAGGAAGUGGAAAAAGCAGCAAAAGGGCCAAUGAGUUGGCGAGAUGAUUUUGCUGUUGCAGCAGAAGGCAGCAUGAGAGCAGCAGCAGCUGCUGCUGUUGAAGAAGACAGCGAAUUCUCUUUUGCGGAUUUCAUUGAUAAACACAGACACGCAAGGAAGACAGCUGUGGCUGCGGGAGAAGAGGCGAGCCACCUCGAUGCAAUUUUCGGCAGCGGCCCCGUAGAGCACAAGACAAUUCUUGAGGAGAGGGAGCCGUCGCCCCCUCAGCUGCAGCUGAGCAGCCGCAGCAGCAGCAGACACCGCAGCAGCAGCAGACGCCGCAGCAGCAGCAGACGCCGCAGCAGCAGCAGACACCGCAGCAGCAGCAACGAAAGAAGCAGCAGCAGCGGCGGGGACCGAAACGCCAGCAGCAAGCUGCAGCAACAGCAGCAGCAGCAACAGCAGCAGCAGCAACAGGGGCGGCAGUUCUCAAGAGAGCCUUCCCAACCAGCAGCAAAAAGCCAAGCAGCAGCAGCAGCAGCAGCAGCAGCAGCAGCAGAAGGUCCAGGGCUGCAAGUGAUGCUGCUGUCAGCAGAGGCAAUUCUUUCAGAAGAGCAGCAGCAGCAGCAAACUGCAGCAGCAGGGUCUUCGGGCCUGCCCAAGUGGAAGCUCAAGCUGCUGCAGCGGCAGCAACCGCAGCACACCUUUUUAGCGGAAAAGGGAAAAUGGAAAAUUAAAAUAAUAAAGUCAAACAUUAAAGACCAAAUAAAACUGCAGCAGCAGCAGCAGCAGCAGCAGCCGCCGCCGCCGCCUCAGCAGCAGCAGCAGCAGCAGCAGCAGCAGCAGCAGCAAAGCAUCAGCAGCAGCAGCUGGUGUUGCCUCGUUUGCUUCUGCGCCCGCAGCAUCGCAGCUCUUUGGGUGGCUCAAGUGCUGCCGUUUGCUGCUGGGCAGCAGCUGGGCUGCGGCUUGCGCAGCAGCUCUGCUGCUGCUGCUGCUGCUGCUGCAGCAGCUGCUGCUGUUGCCAGCAGCCUCUCGGCCAGCACUCGGCUAGCUGCUGUCGGCAAGGCGGUGCUGCAGCAGCACCAGAGCCUCUACGACUACCUCGAUCAGCUGCUGCUGCUGCUGCUCUCAGCUGGAGCAGCAGAAACUGCAGCGCAGCAGCGAAGGCAGCAACAGAAAGAGCAGCCGCAAAGGCGGCAGCAGCAGCAGCAGCAGCAGCAGCGGCAGCAGCAGCAACGGCCGCAACAGCAGCAGCAGAAAUCAGCCAGCAGCAACAAAAAUAAAGCAGCGAGACCUCUGCAGAUCGUGAUGCCCAAUGAACUACACACCGGGUUUGUGAUCAACGAGGAGGCUCUGGCGGAGCUGGAGGAAAUUCCAGGACCCAUUGCUGUGAUCGCCGCUAUGGGUCCGAUUCACUCUGGAAAGAGUUUUUUGCUGAACAGUUUGCUGAAGACAAGCCCAGCAGCAGCAGACGGCAGCAGCAGCAGCAGCAGCAGCAGCAGCAGCAGCAGCAGCGAGGGUUUAGGGUUUCCCGUGGGCUACACUGUGGCCCCCGGCUCUUUGGGCCUUUCCAUUUAUUCCAAACCCUUAUUUGUGGACAGGCGCACGGGAGAGCUGCUGUCGGAGUCUGCUGCUGCUGCUGCCGAAGCAGCAGCAGCAGCAGCAGCAGCAGCAGCAGCAGCAGCAGCAGCAGCAGCGGGUGGCAGCGGCUCUGGCACGAGCGCGUCUGCGGGCUCCGCGCGCACUGCAGCAGCAGCAGCAGCAGCAGCAGCAGCAGCAGCAGCAGCAGCAGCAGCAGCAGCAGCAGAGGCCCCCGUGGACCUGCAACUGCUGGAGGACUUGACCAAAGACGCAAACCUCUUCGCCUUGAGGACUCACGCCAGGGCUCUUCAGGAGGGUUCCCAGCAGCAGCAGCAGCAGCAGCAGCGGCAGCAGCAGCAGCAGCAGCAGCAGCAGCAGCAGCAGCAAGCAGCAGCGGAGAGCUCCUCCGCGCUGCUGUCGCUCCUCAGCCCCUGCUGCCUUUCCUGGGUCGUCCAGGACUUUGUUCAGCAGUGGCUGGAAAAUUUGCUGCUGACAAAUCGGUGGCUGACGCCGCCCGAGGCUGUGGAGGCCAAAGAGCGCGAGGCGCAAAACAAACACUCGCUGCGGUCGUUGUAUUCGAGCGUGGACUGUUUCGCGCUGCGGGCCCCCACGGAAAAGGGUUCGCUGCUGCAGCGUUUGGAUUUGCUGCUGCCAGCAGAUGAAGACCCUUCUUAUGCUGCUGCUGCUGCUGCUUUCAAGCAGCAGCUGUUUGCUGCUGCUGCUGCUAACCCGAAGCGCAAGCUUGCUGCGGGGCAGCCGAUGCUCUCGCUGCACCAGCAGCAGCCGCUGCAGCAGCUGCAGCAGCAGCAGCAGCAGCAGCAGCAGCAGCAGCAGCAGCAGCAGGUUUUUAUGUCGGGCAGGGACCUUGCGGAGCUCACGCGCUUUCUUGUUGCUGCAGCAAAUGCAAAUAUGUUUGGAGACGUCCAGGUCUUUAUGAACCACUUCUCCACCGUCAGAAGCGCGAUGGCGAAGAACGACUUGCUGCUGCUGUUCACGCGGGACUUGAGUCGGCUGCUGCAGCGGGAGCUGCCGCUGCUGCCAGACGAAGUUGCUGCUGCUGCUGCUGCUCUCCGCAGCAAAACUUUGCUGCUGUGGCAGCAGCAGGCUGGGGCUGAGGUGUCUGUACACCGCGCGGAACUCAACAAGCAGCAGGACCAGCUCUUCAGAAAGAUGGACGAAAUCGUCGACAAGGCUCUCCAAACGGCGAACAAGCUGGUGGGCUCUUUCUGCCGAACUGCUGCUGAGGCGCAGCUGUCUGUACAGCGCGAAGCAGCAGAGCAGCAGCUGCGGCAGCUGCCGGUGGCUCCCAAAGAGCUCACGGAGUAUUCCAAUUACCAUCAGCAGUUAGUUGCUGCUGCUGCUGCUGCUGCUGCUGCUGCUGCUGCUGCUGCUGCUGCGGCUCGUGGGGAUGGGGG